AUGGGAAGCAAAAAUGAGAAUAAUGGCGAAAAAAACAGAUGGAAGGGAACCAAGAUUCGAAUAGAAGACGAUCUCACGCCAAGAGAGAAGGAGGUCCAAACUGACAGAGUUAGUACUAAUGAAAAAAUUUCAUCGCCAUCGACUUCAACUUGUCAAGCCAAAUAUUGUGAAAGCGGGUUGCAUGAUGGAUUAUUAGAUAGCGACGCAGCUUUAAUUGUAACAAAAGUCGAGAUAACAGAGGAAGAGGAAACGGUUGCAAUUUCGAAUCUGGAUUUGAAUUCUACCAGUACGAAGAUUUCUCGAGAUCCUUUAAAGUGGCCACUUGAAGAAAAUGAUGAUAUAAGGUUACUUCUAGUCAAAAAAGGACCUAUACUUAUACGGGAAAAAGACAAUGCGGAGGGAAAGUUUCCGAAAGAUGAAUGCGGGCGUCGUUUUAAUGAAUCAUAUUAUCAGAGGCGUAUGUGCAAUGGGGAAAUAAUUUUAAGAUCAUGGCUCAUUUACUCAAAAAGCGCAGAUGCGGUGUUUUGCUUUUGUUGGAAACUUUUUACCACCAUUCAAAGCGCUUUAACAUCGGGUGGUUGCAAUGAUUGGAAUCAUAUCGGUGAAAGACUCAGCUCACACGAAAAGAGCAAAGCAUAUUUAAGUGCCCAUAAACAGUGGACUGAAUUAGCAUUGAGAAUGAGGACAAACAAGACAAUCGAUGCUAAUCAUCAACGCAUGUUGGAUGAUGAAGCGCGAUAUUGGCAAAAUGUGUUAGAGCGGCUUCUAGCAGUCAUACAUUUUUUGGCACAACAAUAUUUGACAUUUAGAGGAACAUCGGACAAAUUAUAUGUUCACAACAAUGGAAAUUUUUCGAAACUAGUUGAGCUAAUUUCAAAGUUUGAUACUGUCAUAUCCGAGCACCUUUUAAGAAUUAAAGAUGGUCGCACGCAACAGCAUUAUCUCGGCAAAGAUAUUCAAAAUGAAAUUAUACAUUUACUGGCGAAUAAAAUCAAGCAGACAAUAUUGAAUAUUGUAAAAAAUGCCAAAUAUUAUAGUAUUAUUGUUGAUUGUACUUCAGAUGUCAGCCACAUAGAGCAAAUGACUAUUAUAAUACGUUGCGUGAAUAUUAGAAAAAGUCCUGUGGAAGUUGGAGAAUAUUUUCUUGGGGGGCAAGGAUACGACAACGGCUCAAAUAUGAAAGAAAAGCAUGCUGGAGUUCAGCAACGCAUCAGUGAAAUAAAUCCUCUUGCAUUUUUCGCCCCAUCAUCACCUUUGAGGUGGGAUGUUUUAAAAAAGUAUAUACCUUCCUUAACAGUGAAACCCUUGAGUACGACAAGGUGGGAAAGUCGAAUUGAUGCGAUUCGUCCAAUAAGAUACCAAAAAAGUGAGAUAUAUGAUGCCUUACUGGAUAUUUCAAGCAAUGAAUCUUUUGAUGCAAUGGUCAGACAUGAAGCUGAAUGCUUGACGUCAGCUAUUUCUGAUUUUAUAUUUCUGUGUUGUCUAAUAACAUGGCAUAAUAUUUUAAAUCACAUAAAUGUUGCGAGCAAAUUGCUUCAAAUCGUUGAUACCAAUUUAUCAAGUGCUAUCAAUGAACUAAACGGAGUUUUAAAGUACUUAGAAUCGUAUAGAAGUGACGACGGGUUUGCAAGUACUAUAACUGAUGCUAAAGAACUUACAGAAAUACUAGGCGUUGCGUCGGACUUCAAUAGUGCUCAAAACGUUCGACCACGGCGGCAGAAAAAACAAUUUGAUUAUGAGUCAGAAGAUUAA